CAGGUUCCGGUGGAAGCCUACUUCAAUGUCACUUUAGAGUGCGAAGCAGGUCUUAGGCCAAGCGACUGUUGGGACAAUUCUUUAGGGUGGUAUUUUAACAACAACUUAGGGAAAUUAGAAUCUGGUGAAAAGUAUGAUAUACAAAAAAGGAAAACCACCAGAUGCAAAACAGAUUUCAUCCUCACCAUUGUUAACGUUACUGAAGCAGACGAAGGAGGGUAUAAAUGUCAGUGGGUCUGCGACAAGAACUACCCCAGCUCUUUCAGGUCUUCAACUAUCCAGUUGAAAGUAUUUCCUCCUUCAGUAGCAGGUACUGAUACUCCUGUGAUAUCUAAAGGUCUUGUGUCACGAAAUUUAUCAAAAUUCAAAAAGUGGAAAACGCCACCAAAUUGAGUGAAACAUAAAAAUAACUGCUCAAAUAAGCAUUAAAUCGGUCCGGGUAGCAGGUAAACUGUUAACCCUUUGAUCCUUGCAGUACGGCGGUCGGUAAAAAAACUUAUAAAAACUCGAACAAAGCGGGUACUUUUGUGGUUCUUGUUGGUCGUUUACGGUUUUCCUACUUUUGCGUGCUAGAUUAUAAAAAUUCCUUGAACAGUUCUUUUACUACGUUAACACUGAGGUUUUUGGGAACUCAAAUAGCCUAAAAGUUUUUCAAAAUUCAUUUUUUUUUGUCUGUAACUUUCCACAUAAUGUUUGGGGGACAAAUGUGUUUGACAUGAAGAGGUGAUUUUGUCAUUUGCAAGUGAUUUCUUUACUUAGGCUGAGUUCCACUGAAAAUAAGGACAUAUUUGGCAAUAUUAUCAAAAUAAACCAGCAAACCAUGACGUCACAGCCCAUUAAAUUGUUCUGGUGAGAGGGUACUGCCUUUGUAAGGGAAUUGUUUAAAACCAUUUGAGUCUGAAACAGGGUAAGGUUUUGCGCCAUUUGGAUACAGGGUCUGAAAUUAUAUGUUCGUUCAUGAGUUUUUUAUAUUUUUGUUGUAGUUGCUAUUGUUUUAAAUAAUCUGCCUUCAGGUCUGUAAAUAGGGUAGGAAAAUUCGUACUCUAUUGAAACAGGUGGACAGCGAAUUCCAAAAAUACGCGCACUUGAAAUUUCCUUUUAAACGGAUAGGGCAAUUGGAGGUUAAAGGUUACUUCUGUUUUUGAAAUAAUUAUAGUGUAAAUUAUAGCUGAAAUUUCUAGUCGUGUGGGGCUAUUUAUUACUACGUGCCAGACAGAAACUCUGUCGCGAUACCCAUCAAGAGGACGGCGAAUCGUAACAUCCUCCUUUAUCUGCAUAAUCGUUUCACAUGAUACAAUAGCCGAAUCAGAAUCCAGCAUCUGGGUUGAGUAAUAUAUUACGUUCCAGACCUCUUAUAUUUUAGAGCAGGUUUUGCACAAGCGCAGUUGUAUUAAAAGAAUGACUAGCAAAUGGUUCGUUUCGUGUUGUUGUUUAAGACCAAAAUAUCACAAUUUUGACGACGAAGAUGGCGCUUGUUGGUCAAGUUGGAGGGUAUGUGGACGGUAUAGAAGAUAUUGUAAGUUAUAUCGAAAGAGUGGAAUUGUAUUUUGCGGCGAAUUAUGUCAAGGCGGAUUACAACGUUGCUACGUUUCUAGCGUUUAUCGUAGCAGAUGCAUAUGGCGUGCCGCGAAAUUUGUUAUCCACAGAACGUCCAAAAUAUGUCUUUUGUGCAAUAGUAUGAAAAGCUGACUGAACGACUUGGAAACCGAGCUCUAAUUUCAAAGUCAUUGAUCAAUAAGUUCCUGGAGAUAUCAGCAGAUCAGGAUGAAAACAAUUUGACAACACGCGCAACAUUGUGAGAACAUUCAUGGGGCAGGCUUUAAACCAGCAACUAAUAUGCAGCAAAUUUUUGCAGAGCUACCUCCAAAAAUUGCAGUAAGGUGAAGCAGGCAAAAGUUAAAGCUACAGCCCAAAUAAGUCGACCUUAGCAACCUAGAUGAGUGGCUGAAACCAAGAGUCAAGUCGAAGUGAUAGCAUUUGGUUGCUCCAGUAAUAUAAAGAUUCCUGAACAAGAGAAACCCAAGUCAAAUUCUAACAAAUCGAAGUGGCUCAGGAGAAAGAACAUACGCAGACUCAUGUAAUGUUUUGUGAGCUAAGAAAAACAUGUACUGACAUUGUAUGAAACCUGGAAGAAUCAACUGUAAGUGAAUGAUGGUAAUUAUAAGAGAAGUUGGGUUUGUGUUUUAGAGGCCACAGUAGAGGACAUCGUCGGCUGAGACAUUCCAAUCCUCGCAAGAAGCCACAGGAGAGACGUCAUCACCUGAAGUACCACACGAACUGUUGAGGUUCUGAGGACUUGAACUCCUAAGUGUACCACGCCCUGAAAGCGAAGCGCUGCAGAUGAUACCCACCAUAUUGAUGGUGGGUCUGGGUCGUCCUUCCUCAAGAGGAGAUCGCUGAUAUACUGGGUUUGUACGCACUCUGUGUUACUGCUUUUGGAGUGAAGUCGAAUGUAACGGAUAGCAAAACUGUAACUGUCCGCCAGCCUUGAGGGUAUGAAUGGGAGCAACGAGAAGCAAUUAUUUUUUUGUGGAAAUUUAUGAAAUGAAAGCAAUUGAUUGGUCCGUCAAUGCAAGAAAUUAGAUCAUAAUCGCGACCUGGAGAUCAUAAAGCCAGUUCAACAUAUAGAAGUUGAUUGAGAAGUGAUUAUUAUGAGGAAAUCACUUUACCACUUGAAUAUCGCAAAGGACAUCUGGGGAAGCCUGUAGGAGUAAAGAAAACCACGCGCAUAGACAAUAGUUGGAAAUGUUUCGGAUGAAGCAAACGAGUGUCAUGAGGCUUGCCAUGUUUACACAUACCAUGUGACCUUUACUCCAGAAAUGAUGGCCGAUGAGAUAAUGCAGAGAAUGUGGGACGAAGACGUUGUGGGAAUUGCUGAUCAAAACAAGCGCUUGACAACAGAGGAGGUGCUUGCUGCGCGCAAAGACACACAAUCAAGGCGUUGGGUUGAGGGACUCUGAAGUGGCAAUUCCAUGGAAGGACGAUGAUACGCCGUUGUGUUCAAAGAGAAAGACUGCUGGAGACCGGCUUAUCUCUUGAGAAACACCUUCAGGAAAGGCUAGAGGUUGCUGAGAAAUACUGCCAGGUGAUAGAAGCCAAGGUAUAAAAGAGUGAAUCCAAGGGUUACAUCCUGAGUUACAUGCAGUUGGUACCCACCUCAUUUUCAUGUAAUGAGAGAAGACAAAGAGACUACGAAAGUGAGGAUAGUCUACUAAUCAGUAACCAUAUACGGAGGAAUGAGUCAUAAUAGCAUGUUCCCUGGACCAAAGCUGAGCAAGAUGUUUUUUUUCAUGCGCUAUUGCGUUUCCGCAGUUAUCUUGUGGCCCUGGUAGCAGAUCUGACGGAAAUUUUCUCACAAGUUACCAUGGCAAGGAAAGACGGAGGGUACCACCCCUUCCUGUGGGGUUAGAGGUUACACCUCUCUAGGCUUCCAGAAGUCUAAGAAGCGAUGAGCUUGACGUUCGAUGACCGCGCCUCACUUUACCUUGCCCAGUACGUUGUGCGACAACAUGCAAAAGAUUUCAGGAAUGACCAUACACUAGCAAUAGCCAUAAUCCUAUUACAGGUGUACGUAGAUGACAUUAUCUCGAAACAAUGGUGGUCCGAAAUCUAUAUAGGUUGUUUAAAAUAAAGCUGAGUUAAAGUAUUAAGUGUCAAAAAGUCCACAAGGCGGUAAAAAAUACAACAAAAGUCACGAGUAAUCUGUUCCGUUUUCUGAAUUUUAUGCAGCGAUUUAUGCGAUUUAACGAUCGAUAACGAAUUAACAAUUUUUCAUGCAACGAUACCCACCUGAGACUGUGUUACCUUAAGAGUCCAUAGAACUUCUCAGAAGAUUCCUCGGAAAGACCACCAGAAGGAAAUGAAUGAAGAAUUUGAACUUAUAACCGUAACAAUUUCACUUGCCGCCAACUGGCAAAACGAAAACAACUGUCGAUCUCCCACAGGCAAACCAGCUUUCACUGCAGUCAUGCAAAGCAUGUCAAGUCACGUAAUUCUGCUUCGCGCAUUUGGGAAGGAGGGAAGAAAUUCUUCCACGAUGUGCGCUAAAACACUUAUGAAAUAAAACUAGCUUUGGACUGUUUCUUUUGUAACUAGUUAAAGAAAAGAAUAACUUUCCCCCCAGUUUUUACGAAAACGUCAAAUAUGAAACUUUUGGCCUUAAAUUUACCAAAGGAUGCACCCUUCUUGCUCGAGGGGCGCUAUGCAUGCUUCUUCUAUUUUAUCUGCCGUUUACAAUGAUUGUGUUUCAAGUUCAGAACGUGCAUCUAUAGCUAGCAAUUAGUGUGUUAGAAUUACCGAAUGCUGUAGAAAGGAUAUCAAAUGGCACCAAAGCAGUCAUGGCAGUGGCAGAUCCAGAGGGAUCCCCCCCCCCUCUUCAUCAGACCUGAUACUUGUUUGAGACUAAAAUCCUUACAACGAUAGGAUCGUAUAUCUCUGUUUAACUGGCUGAAUUUUUUAAUGAAACGCGUGUUGUAUUUUGCCACUAAACUAAAUUCCAGGGAUAUUCAAAAAUGUGAUUGAUUUGGGUACCGCAGUAUUUCCCGCCCCAACAGCGACUAGCUCUCACAGAUUGAGAAACACAUAGUCGUCUCUGCCUUCUCAGUGACUAGUGGGAGGGGGUGUGGGGAAAAAGUAAUUUGCCACAAAAAAGUUCAACAGUCCUUUCUGAACCAAAAUUUGGACCACACCCUCCCCACUCCCCUGGAUCCGCCCCCCCCCCCCCCCCAAAACGUUUACACACGUUGAGAGCCAACAAAGGGUUUUUGUUGGGGGGGGGGGGGGGAAAAAUUUUUUUUUUUUUGUGUUUUAUUUGUUUUAUUUUUGUGUCAUGAAAAACACAAUAUUUUUUUAUAUUUUUGAUUUUUUGAUAUUUUAUAGAGAAUAACGGUGUCAACGUUUCCCCCCCCCCCCCCCCCAAAAGAUGUUACACUGAGUUCGAAGCCAAUCAAGGUUUAUGCUGGCGCGUGGAAGGAAAUCAAUUUUUUUUUUCGAGUUAUAUUAGAGUUUCACUUGUAGUACGAAAAACACAGUAUAAUUUUACAUAUGUAAUAUUGUUAAAUAAUUGCCCGAUCAUAGGUAUCCUAGCGGAACAAGAGACAUAUUUGUUGCGAGCCUUUCUAAUUAUUCGGUUUUCUGUGGUUCGGUGGUUCCUUGUGUUUAAACGUCCCGACUAAAAGCUAACAACACGGAAUGAGCUCUUCCGAAGCCAAUGAACUAGUGGCCAGAUCCGGAUCUCAAAAAAAGAUUGUGAUAAGUAAAAAGGACAAAAUCGAAGGAACUGAUCGGCGAAAAGAGAAAAUAAACCCAUUACAAACAAAAUUAAGAAUAUACAUGAUAUCAUUUUUUCCGAUAUUAGUCGGUUUGCAACACAAACCUUUGUCGGGGGCUGAUACUGUGGGGUCGUUACCAAGAUUGAAUUUAAAACUAAAGUACAUAAUUGUAAAUAUAGUUGGUGAUUACAAAGAUAGUCUAAUAAACCCGAACUGACGCAAGUAAGGAACCAAAAAUAACCACCUGGCCCUGGUUGAUCAAACGACCGAUCAUUUUUCCAACGGAUACCGUGUGGCACGAAUUUUUUGCGGGAGUAUAUUUUCGUGGAUUGGCGAUUUUUUGUGUUUUUCGGACCACCAUUGUUUCGAGAAGUUACCGAAUAAAAAAAGGUUUGGCGCCUACAGUAAUUCGCAUUUGGUUGUAACUUCGGUCAGAGGUCACGUUUUUUCGCCCGUUUUUACUGUAACAUUUACAUUUGCUUCGCUUUGUCAGCGCUCGUGAUUUCAUUUACCCAAAAAUUUUAUUUCGCUAAUUUGAAGAAAAAAGAAUGCUCUUUCAGGCUAAACAAGCCUUGAUGUUCAAAGCCAUGUACCAAUGCGCUUUUUUAGCUCGUGAAAAAGUGCUAAAUUUAGACGGUUGAUUAAGCGAUUUUGAGUCAACAACUUUGAAAAUUUCUCAAAAAAUCUCUUGUUGACCAAAUCGCAAACUAACCAGUUAAAAUUAUAGAGGAAAGAUAGUAAAAGUAUGAAGUGUCAUUAUAUUUUAGUAGCCAACUUUAUUUUAAAAUAUACGAGCCACUGAAUAUGACUCUAAUUUCGCAAGAUUUUUGCCCAUUUUAGGCCUCGGGAAGAAAAAAAUUCGUUAAAAAAAAUCUUAUUCACUCGAUCGUACUUAAACCAACGAUUUUGUAAUUAGAGCACAUAAGGUUUUAUUCUGGCUGAGUUUGAGGCCAAGUCGUUUUUUGACUAUUUCCUCGCCUAGUUGAUAAUUACGCGGAGCCACUCUCAAUACCCAAAGGAAAUGGAGGGAGACGACGGACAACCUAAAAGUUGGGGAUGUUAUAUUCGUUGUCGAUCAAAAAUGCUCCAAUCGAUCUUUGGUAGUUUUUCCGCAUCAGGAUGGACAGGUACGCUUGUGCAAGUGAGUAUAAGGGGCCAGAAGCUUAUCCACCCAAUAACACGACGCUGACCAGCCAUAGUCCAAAAGAGAGGAGCUGGGGAUCCGGAGCUCCUUGUAAGCGCCAGGUGAUACCCCUGCGUAGGGGACCGCAACUAGUCAAGUAAAAAGUUCCCUGAGCACAUAGAAAAUUGGCUGUUGUGUGUUCUUGUUUGAACCCGCCUUUAGAACAGAAUUUCUCACGCCUGAGAAAAUCCAUGUGGCGAGUUUCAUACGGCCAUGUAUGUUUCCAGAUUUCCGCAGGUAUACCACACCUUCCAGGGGCUUUACCUUCCUUUGCUGCGUUGAUGGCAUAUCCAACAGUUCCUUGAAUUCAUGCUUUUCUUCAAGGCAUGCAAUGUUUACGGGUAAGCAAGUAGAACUAUGCCAGGAAACGCGUCAGCGAAACAGGGCAGCACGACAUCAGUAUAUGCAUUUCCUUGGAAUAACUGCGAGUUUGCUCUAUUUACGCCCACUUUUGGGUCAGCUCUAAUGUUCCUCCCCGAGAAGGGACUUUUUGGGGGCUUAUUUCUCAAACAGCGACGGGUAAUCAAGCCUAACUGCAAGUCAAAGUUACUCAAACUCAGGGGCUCUCAGGGGUUGAGUUUUUUCGAACUGUUAUCAGCGAAACACCUGUAAAAGAGAUUACAUUUAAUAUUAAAUCGGUGUUAGAAAUAUGUUAACGAUAUUACUUACAAUCGGAAAUAUGCAGCAAGAAUACUAGGAAAAACACUCGAUUUGUUAAAAAGCAGGGACCGCAUGGAAUCGUUGGGUAAUAAUGACGUCUCAGCCCUGAACUCCCCCAAUUAUGAAAUGGUUAGGGAAGACGUAAAACAGAACUAACUUCCCGAAGGGACCGCUUGAGUUGAUUUUGUGACAUUCACUGCACUUUUAUACUACUACUGUUUUGCGUUUUGACUGUUGAGUGAAAUUCUGUGAGGCAGCUGUUUUGAAGCUAUUAAAAAAUGCAAUUUACAUUUCUCUGUCUCAUUUUGUUCUCUUAAACAAGCGUCAUAAACUCUGUCCACGAAAGAGAAACUCUCGAGUUUCACCAAAAUUAUGGACCGAAAGACACUCGGUAAGCGUGGACUUACGUUUUGAGAGGCGAAUAACAGUGUAUAAGCACUUUGAGGGUUUGCCAGACACAUGUUUAUCAUUCACAAAUCUUCUUUUGCAUUAGGUCUCCCUCACUACAUGAAACUCAUCCUAAUGCAAUCGAAUCGGGUAAAUCUUUGAUUGGAAACGAUUUUACAGACACAAAUCACUUUGGGGAAAUUAUUGAGAGGCUCAGUCUAAAAACAAGAAAGUUGCAUUAAGUGAACGCUUGAAUCAAGCUAGCAUAUUAGCAGAAGGAUGCACAAUUACUGAAAAUUGCCUACAAUUCAUUUCUGUGCUGACAUAUUCCCUCCUUACAAAUUUCUCUAUCCAUUUCCAAAAUCAUUCUCCGGCUGUUAAAAUGAAUUGCAUGUAAGAAGUGCGAGAGGAAUAAAGGAAAUUACACCUUCUAAUAAAAUAUUUCCUUAUAGUUAAAAGAAUUCUUGAAACUGAGAGUGUUUUGAUCAAAGCAGCGUAAAUCGAUUUGAAUCAGUGCAUGGAAUCUUGCGUUUUCUGUUUUUAUCUCCCCAAUAUGACAUCAAUAUGAAUCUGUAAAUUUCAAGGAGCUACACAAGAGUCAUACAAAGGCAAAGGAUACAAUUGACCAAAAGGGGCGUUGUAAUGUCAACUACAUUAAACACCUGCAUAUAUAUAAGAACCAACAUCGCAACUCAUAUGUUUACCUAUAUUAGAAAUCGUAUUUGUUUCUCUUUUCAUUUGAAAUUUCCUUGUUUUAUAUCGAUGAGAGUAAUAUGUUGAGGACGUUUCCCCUUUAUCAACUUUAUUUGCAGAACCUUCGACACCAUCGUCACAAAAGACCACAAACUCAACUUCAAAAGGUCAGUGAUGUUAAGGGGUGGUCACUAAGUAUAGUGUUACAAUGGGACUAAACGCAGUGGCGGAUCCAGACCUUGAGAUAAGGGGGGGUGGUCUUAAAAAAGUUUUUUUCGGCCCUUCGGGCCUCAGUUUGGUCCAAAACUAUCGGGGCGGGGGGCCUUCCCUGAAUCCGCCACUGAAUUGCCAACCAAAUCUUAAAAUAGUAUCCAGAUCUUAUCGUUUUUCAAAUAAUACGAAACAGUGGAAGAAAACAGAACCACCCUGAGUCGCCGGACUGUUAUGGGAAUUCAAAAGUAAUUACCGGGUGUCAGUAAAACGCGGAGGCGCGGACGCGGUCGGGGUCUAUCUCUUUUUUUAUAGAAUACCGUUUUAAGGUUAGGAUUAGAGUUAUGUUCGGGUUAGGGUUAGUGUCAACCCGAACCCUAACCCUAACCCUAAAACAGCAUUUUUUAAAAAGAAGAUAGACCCGGACCCCGGCCCCGACCCCGCGUUUUACUGACACCCGUAAUUACCAACGAGUUGCAUCGUGCUCCAGUCUAAAGACACAUUUUCACAGAUUAACACAACAUAGUGUAUUAAUCCCGGGUAGGCCUUUCGCGAUUGUGCUCGGCAACUUUUGAGCAACUUUUGGCAUUUGGAGCAAAUUUUUGCCGUUCUAGCAACCUCGGGCUUUGCCUUUCUGAGCAACUUUUGAGCAAAAUAUAGGUUUAGUGGCCCCACGGUUUAAAGCACAUAUCAAGCACGAAAAAGUCAACGAUUUCAUAGAAAACUUCACUGUUUUUAAUUUCAUUUUUAAUUUUUUUUAAUUUUUUUAAUGUUUUGUUUUUAUUUUGUUUUUAUUUUUUUUUCUUGACCGAUGUUAGUAUAUAAAAAUAUCAAGAAAUUUAGGUGGCAACUUUUGAAAUUUGGGUAGCAACUUUUCAGCAUUCCAUCCCAGAGAGUAACUUUCCAGCAUUUUACGAGCACAAUCGGGCGGACACUCCCUAUAAUGGCAUAUACGGAGGGCUCAAAAGGGGGUACCUUUUUCAUGCAUUAGAUCGAUGAAAGGGUAGGGAUUUUACUUGUUAAACUAUAUGAAAGGGUGGGUCUAUCUCAGCGAUCGUCGUCGCUGUGAUCUCUGAAAAGUCAGGUUUCCAUAUGAUCGCUAUGAUCGCUGCGAUAGCUGAACUUUUUUUCCCAGCGAUCGCAGCAAUCAGAGCGAUCGUAGCGAUCACAUGGAAAACAGGCUUUAAGCUCCCUGUUAGCCUGCGUCAAGUCGCAGACAUAAUGUACCAGUCAAUAACAAAACUACCCAUGCCCCCGCACAGACCCCUGGGAAUCUGACUUUUUUUGAAAGGUUUUGGUCAAAUUCCCGGGUAUGUUGGCAGUUCAGAUGGUCAAAUACCCCACCGGCUACCGCUUCAAAAAGUGUCAAAUCCCGCAUUCUACCAGCGACUAUUCAUGGUCAAAAAUUUUCCCAUGCGUCAAACCAUUUAUUCAAAUCUAAAUAUCCUCCUAAAAACAACCGAAAUAUCUCAAGUCUAGGAAAACUGUCUUACGGAGAUUUGUUCAUUCCAAUAACAUUGUUCAUUUCAGAAAGCCCGCAUUUAACGGGCUCUUUCAAGUCACAUACUAACGGCCGCAAUUUUGGGAGUUGUUGGCCAACAAUGUUUCGUCCGUUUGCACGUAGCUUCAAAGGCUCUCAAAUACUCCAACAAAACAGUGAAUAUAGGAGCAAUGACGUCAAUAAUCCUUGAACGUGAUGUACACGCUGAACGAAACGCUGACCAGCAUUUUGACACGAAAGAAAAUGCCCGACAGGGCGGGCCUCAUUUUGGGUCAAAUCCCUCACUGUACGGAAAAAUGCCCGGGGUAUACCCUUGGGAAGUGGGAGGUUUUGGAAUUGACUGGUAAGUAAUCUAACCCUUGUCGCAGGCUAGAUAGAUAGAUUAAGGCUCGGUACUGAUAAACAUUCGGCUGGUGCACGAUAUACCAAGUGAAUAGCAAGUCUCGAGUUACGUCACAAAGAACACAACAAUGAUCCUUAUCCCUUACACAAUAACACAAUAGACUUCACACAAUAGAAAGAGACAAUAGUGCAUAUAUUGACUUGGUAUAUUGAGCAUCACCCAAACAUUCGCUCAUUUGUUUAACAACCACGUUUAACUGAAUCUGGAUUUUUAAUUUCUUUGUAGUAGCAACAACCGGCCAGGGUAACAGCAAGUCAGCUGACAAGUGGGUUCUCGCGAUUGCGGUUUUAACGUCUGGAGUUGGCCUUGUUUUGAUCGUCUUUACGGCGUAUCACUUUAUUAGCAAAAAGUCUGGCAAAGGAUACCGCGCGUGUAAACGUAAGAUGACAUCCAAUUAUUAUCAAUUAAAGGGAAUCACUAAAAGGGGCUUUGUCACGAGGAUACUUGGCUGAGAUCAUUACUUAAUGCCUCACAAAAUACUCAGUUAGAGAUAAGAAGAAGAUUCCACACAAAUUUUAUCAGGGAGCUGCAGUAACCAUAAUAUUUUUUGGCGAUUUUUUUGGGCAGAGCAUCAAAACUUAAACAUGUUGGUUUUAACUGUUUAAGCUUUCAAUCCAUGUCCAUCCUUGCCAUCCGUUUCAACAGAAGACAGGAAAAAAUUUCAAUGCCUAAAUUACAUAAUUCUAUAAACAUAUUACAUAUUCCUAUGAAUGCUACAUUACCUAAAUUACACAUAUGUAAGGCUACCAUACCAGAGGCACCCCACAACUGUUUUCUGUAAACUAGUUGUUCGGAGAAGCAAAUAUUGCCUAGAAUUUUCUAUUACUUGAGGACGACUAAAAAUUUCGAGAUUACCGUUCCAUUCAUGUACAAUUUUCGAAGAAUUUGCACAUUUUACUUCCCGAGUUACGCUAUUUUUUGUAGAAAAAAGGGAACCUAAAAUUUUCGAAUUCAAAAAUUUCAAAUUUCACCUAAAAUUUUCGGAAAAAUAACCCUCACGCCCUUGUAGUUUCAGAAAGACUCAAGUUUCCCUAGGAUGACCGAACAGAUACAAAGUUUAUAGUGCCGCUGAGAAUGCAUUUUUAGAACUCUGGAUAGCCUAAAAAGUGUUUUCAAUGUAUUUAGGAGGAAACCAUAAUUGGGUGCCCCUGCCAUACUACCUAACCCAACACGGUCACACUAUAUGGGACUUUUGCAGGGAAUCAGACGAGAGAAAAUUAGAAAAGCUUCAGGAAAGGCCGCACCGUAUUUUGCUCAAUAGCUAGUAACUCGUUUACUUAUAAUGAACUGUUAAGGAAAUCCAAUCUCAGCACAUUUCAUAACAGGCGACUGCAAGAUAUUUCAAUUACUUCGGUUCAAAUAUCAUAUGGGUCUAUUGCCUACAUAUUUGUAACUAAGUUCCUGGGCCCAAUCGUUCGAAGGCCGAUUAGCGCUUAAACCGGGGUUAAAUUUAACCCAGGUUUCUUUUUCUUGUGUUCAAAAGUUUUUUCUCGGAUAAUUUUCUCUAAUAUUUUUAGAGCUUCCAAUCAUCAGCUUGUAGACAAAAAAAUUAAAAUUGAAAUGCUUUUUAAGCUUUCAAAUCUUAAUUCAAAUCUCGCACUAACCCUGGGUUAUCUUAACCCAUCUUUGAACAACUCGGCCCUGAAGUACAAUUUAAGAACUGAGAAUAAUAUCCAGAUUCAACACUGUCAGAUAUGGUAAACAUUCGGAGACAUUUUAGACCAUACCUACGGUCUAGACUUCCGAAAGAAAUUAGAAAUAUCUCAUCGUUCAGAUCUAGAAUUAGAAAAACAAACAUAGCGGAACUGGUUAGUAAUUCUAACCGUCAGAGCUGCUAUUUACGACACUCUUAAUUUAUUUUUAGUGCUUGUAUUCUUAUAUAUAGCGAUACAUUCUUAUCACACAUUUUAUACAUCCAAUUUACACCACUACAUUUAUAAUCUUAAAGUGGAGAGUGUUACAAAAACUGCUUGGUAGGCCUGUGUAUUGUGAAAUAAAUGAUCAAUGAUUGUCACCAAACCAAGAUACCCGAUUUCCCAGGGUCAUCUAAGUCCCCUGUUCAGUAUUUAAUAACUAUAUGAUAUAUAUCUCAAAUUGUUUUAAGGCGAAUCGUGAGGAGGAAUCCUAGUAGCUGGAGCGUAUAUAUACGUAGGAAAGUGCUAACAGUGGAAAUAUGCAGUCAGUAUGUCGGAAAAAAAAUCGAUUUGUUAAAAAAAAAACACAUAAUAAUAUAUAAUAAACGAUGUUGUUUGUUUGUUUCGCAGAUGACUUUGAAAACGGAGUUAAGAGCCAUCAGCUUUUCGUCAGCUAUAGCUCCAAAGAUAUGGCCUGGAUCAAUGAAAAUCUGAUUCCCAUUCUCGAAAACAAAAAAAUAUCCUACAGCAUUCACACCCGAGACUUUGAGUUGGGACUGCCUAUCGUCCAAAACAUGGCAGACAGCGUCUACGGCAGUCGCAAAGUUCUGAUUGUCUUGUCCGACAACUACCUCGCCAGCAACUUCUGUCGAGAAGAGCUGCACAUGGCUGUCCAAAGGGAGGCAGACAGCCGAGAUUCUUCGCUUAUUCUUGUGGCGAUUGACAAGUUGAAGAAAAAGAAGUUGCCUGGUGCUUUGAGAAACAAGCAUUUGCUUGACUUUGAGAAGCUUAAGAUAAAACAGGAUUGGGAGAAAAAGUUGUUAAAUGUGGUAGCAGGCCCAGGGGCCAAAGUUGCUUAA